GGUGCUCUCGCCAUCCUUCUCCAGUGCCUGAAAAAACUCUCACUUUUCUUCUGCUAAGCUUGUGAGGACGACGGAGAGGGAGUUAAUGGCGCCGGCGAUGGAGGAGAUCAGGCGAGCUCAGAGAGCUGAUGGUCCGGCGGCGGUGCUCGCAAUCGGCACCUCCACGCCGCCGAACGCUCUGUAUCAGGCCGAUUAUCCCGAUUAUUACUUCAGAAUCACCAACUGCGAGCAUCUCACUGACCUCAAGGAGAAGUUCAAGCGAAUGUGCGAGAAAUCCAUGAUAAAAAAACGGUACAUGUAUCUAACAGAAGAAUUCCUGAAAGAAAAUCCCAAUAUCUGUGCAUUCAUGGCUCCUUCACUCGACGCCCGGCAAGACAUAGUUGUCGCCGAGGUCCCGAAGCUCGCCAAAGAGGCCGCCGCGCGCGCCAUCAAGGAAUGGGGACACCCCAAAUCACGCAUAACUCAUCUCAUCUUCUGCACCACCAGCGGCGUCGACAUGCCCGGCGCCGACUACCAACUCACCCGCCUCCUCGGUCUCCGCCCCUCCGUCAACCGCCGAUUCAUGCUCUACCAGCAGGGCUGCUUCGCCGGCGGCACCGUCCUCCGCCUCGCCAAGGAUCUCGCCGAGAACAACGCCGGCGCCCGCGUGCUCGUCGUUUGCUCCGAAAUCACCGCUGUCACUUUCCGCGGCCCGUCGGAAUCCCAUCUCGAUUCCCUCGUCGGACAGGCGCUCUUCGGCGACGGCGCCGCCGCUAUCAUUGUCGGAUCCGACCCUGAUUUAGCCACCGAGCGCCCUCUGUUUCAACUAGUCUCUGCUUCCCAAACCAUCCUUCCCGAAUCAGAGGGCGCCAUUGAUGGCCACCUUCGUGAAAUCGGGCUCACCUUCCACCUACUCAAAGACGUCCCCGGCCUCAUUUCUAAAAACAUUCAAAAAUGUCUCCUUGAGGCCUUCAAGCCACUUGGUGUGCUUGAUUGGAACUCUAUUUUUUGGAUCGCCCACCCGGGCGGCCCGGCUAUACUCGAUCAAGUUGAGACCAAGCUCGGUCUAAAGUCCGAGAAGCUCGCCGCGAGUAGAAAUGUGCUCGCUGACUACGGUAACAUGUCGAGCGCAUGCGUUCUUUUCAUACUCGAUGAGAUGCGAAGGCGAUCGGCGGAGGCUGGGCAGUCGACCACUGGCGAGGGUUUGGAGUGGGGAGUUCUAUUCGGGUUCGGUCCGGGACUUACGGUCGAGACUGUUGUAUUACGCAGCGUUCCGAUUGGUGGCACCGAGUAAACGGAACCGAGGAGUUAGGGUUUGAUAUUUUGUGGUUUUAUUGGACUUGUUUGUGGUUAAUUUGAAGGAUUAGGGUCAUAUAAGGGCUUGAGUUGGGUGGAGUUUUGAAGGGUGGUAGAGGUAAGAAAAGAAAAAGGGAUGUUUAUCAAUUUGAUGUUAAAAGGUAAUACUGUUUUCUUUUUGUGUUAUCUAGACAUGGCUAUAUUUGUAAUAAAAGAAAGUUCUUAUGAAAGUAUUUAUGACUUGGUUUGGAGCAAAA